UGGACAUAGAGUAUAAGUGUCCCCUCGGUGUAAAUUGUGGCCCCUUUGGCCCCUGAUUUAAAGCCACAGUGAGUUUUACAGAUUGUUAAUCGUCUAAAAAAACGUGAGUGCUUGAAGAAGCAGCCACAAUAAGUGUUGGAUGAUUUCUUCAUUUAAAACCUGGGAGGUCCAGGAAUCCAGACUUUCAUGACAAACAUAGAGAAACAAUGAGAUGAAUGUUUGAUGCAUAGCUGGUGUGGAGAGUUUAGCCUCACACAGACGGUUUCAUCAGAGCUGAACUGAGCUGGAGACGGUGCCGUUACAGGAUUGCUCAAUGGUUGUGUCAGCAGGCAGGAGGCUGGACUGGUCGGGAGGAGUGUUUGAGCUCAGAGCUCAACAUCACCGGAGCUCACUCACUCACUCACUCUCUGCCUCUGAGUGUGAGGCGGUCUCCCCCUCUCCCUCCCUCUCUCUCUCUCUCUCAGUCUGGGCUCUGGGGGGAUCAGGAUUUUCUCACCUCAACUACACACACACCUCAGAGCCGCGGGCAGACACUCUCCUAGAGGACGCGGGUUUGGAUUAUUACGCAGAACUUUGAUUUGUGUUUCAACUCUCGCACGGAGAAGCAUGGAGCGCACAGUGUGCAGUUUGAUUUAACCAUCUGAGGACGCCUCCUGAACCUGCCUCUCUCUUUCCGAGCCACCAUGGUGAAUCGGUCCAUCCGGAUGAACUUGCAGUGGGGCAGCCCGGCACCUUGCAUCCGCGCCGUGCGGGUCGCUCACAAGCGGCUGGACUCAGACGACCAGCCACCGGCGAAAUGCGCCAGGCUGAGCGCCGAGGCGGGGGACAGCAACACGCAGGGGCUCCUCGGCACCUCGCCCGGAUCCCCGGUCAGCCCCGUCUCCCACACUCCCUCGGCCACCCACCAGGGACCCUCCAGGAUAGGACCGUUUCUGCUUCUACCUCUGGCGGACCGGGAGAGCAUGCACAGCGCCAUGAACACCGACACUGGCGACGAGCUGCUGUGCAAGGUCUUUGAUAUGUGGGUGUACCAGGAAAAGAUCAGAGCCUACGGGAUACUACCCGCCCACAAGAAUGUGGCCGGCAUCAGGGACAUCAUCCUUGGCGAAUGCAAGGCCUACGUGUUCCUCGACAAAGACUUUGGGGACAUGCACACAUUGGUGAAGAGCUGUCGCAGGCUGGACGAGGAGCACACCUGCAGGCUCUUUCGGCAGGUGGCUCUGGCGGUGGCGCACUGUCACCAGGCUGGGAUCGUGCUGGGGGACCUCAAGCUCCGCAAGUUUGUCUUCACCGACGAGAAAAGGUGAGACGUGGGGGACGCUCAAUGUCAGAUGUCACCCAGGAACCGGAAAAGUUUUACACCACUUGCCUUCCACGUCACAUUUCUCGAGACCAAUUUUCAUCCAACCUUAAUAUCAUCACUUAACUUUAUUUGGAUGCUCUCAGGCUUAAAUAUAUGCAGAGUAGUGGGACAUGCACAGAGCAAACAUGGCAGCUGAUACACACAGGCCAUGUGUGCAGAUAUCAACGUGGGUGCAGAUAGAGUAGGAGGUUCUGUACUUGUGGAGGCAGACUGCAUAGCUUCCCAGAUUUUCGCCCUCUCUGUCUGUCUCCCUUUCUCACUCUGGAUGUGUCUCUUUGUAUGUGUGUUGUGCGUUUGUUUUGCGUGUGUGCAUGUGUGAAUGUCGUGGGUGGUAGUUUGGCAGAGCUGCUAGACGAGCUGGUGAGACAAUCAUCCCCCUUCUGUGGUCAUGUAUCUUGGAAUAUAUGUAUUGCUCAUAAUUUAUUAAUAAAUAACGUAAUCACUGUGCUGCAGAAUAAGUGACGCUUCCACCAAGGAUUCAUUCACAUACAAUUUCAUCCAGGAAGGCGUGGAUCAAAGAAAUAUGCUUUGAAUUCAAACACGCACGCCUUGUCUGCAUCUCUGAGCACUACAUUCUGCUCAGGAAGACACACCAAACCCCUGCUUACAAAACUAUUUGUCGCCUCUUUGCCCUUGCGUCACUCUUUUUCCUGUAAGCAACCCCCCCCCCUUCUCCGGCUUUCCAAUGGCCCUUUUUCAUGGAGAUUGU